UGCUAUCUAUGCUUUCCCAGAGCGGAAGUUCCCGAGGUCCGUACUUUUAAGCUCCCCUCCUGUUGAUCUUCUUCCUUUCUUACCUCCGCUGCAUUCCUCAUCUCUUACAACUCGCACGCGGCAAUUGAAAUGUCAGGAUCAUUCAGGGCUUUAUUGCGCCCGGCGCAGCGUGCGCCAUCUCGCAUUCAAUGCUAUUCUCCCGGCUAUAGCAUUGCCCGCCGGAAUAUCCAACAAUCUAUACCCGGACGGGCGGCACAGGAGAGUGAACAUGGGCCUGGGGAGUUAAACGACACGCCUAUUCGGAAGAUCCCAGUGGCACACGACGAUCCCGUGCAGAAACAAAAUCAAGAAAAAACCUCUCCCAGGAGUUUCUCCUUUCGCAGAAGACCAGUUCCCGAGCUAGAGGGCGACACACCUGAGGGGAUUACGCUGCAACAGACCACUUUGCGUGUUGAGCUGGCGGGGAAGGAAGGGCAGAAGAUUCAGAGAGGCGUAGACUAUGCAACGCUGCGCGAUGCUUGUUCCUGUGAGCGUUGUGUUGAUCCACAUUCGAAGCAGCGCAGCUUCCGGACCUCCGAUAUCCCAUUGACUAUCACGCCACGGAGUGUGAAAUGGGAUGGUGAGCAACUGGAGAUAAAGUGGAGGAACGACAUCACUGGUUAUGAUGAAUCUCACACUUCCACGUACAGUGCGGAAUUCCUGAGGUCUCCAGCUAGUUACAGCGUGGGCAAUGCGACUGCUUCGCGCCACAGGAUCUUCUGGGAGCGAGAGCGGAUGCAGCGUGAUCAGCACUGGAUCUCGUUCGACGAUUACGUGAAUGAUGAUGCGAAAUUCGCGACCGCUAUGCGGAGAUUGGCGCAGUUCGGUCUGAUCUUCGUCAAGGACAUCCCCGACUCACGCGAGAUGGUCGAGCGUAUUGCGACAAGGAUGGGACCGCUGCGCAAUUCCUUCUACGGGCUAACGUGGGACGUUCGGACAGUACCCCAGGCCAAGAAUGUCGCAUAUACAAAUCAGUUUCUCGGUUUCCACAUGGACUUGAUGUACAUGAAAGACCCGCCGGGCUUCCAGCUGCUACACUGCCUGAAGAACUCCUGUGAUGGCGGUGAAUCUCUCUUCUCGGAUGCCUUCGCUGCAGCUAGUCGGUUGCACAAGAAAAAUGAACGUGCCGCGCAGCUCUUGCAGCAGUUUCGACUCAAUUACGAAUACGUCCACCAAGAUCAGAUCUACCACAACUCAUGGCCUGUAAUCGAGACCGCAGAGCCAGGUGCAAGCAGUCCCAGGCACUACCGCCAUAUCAACUACUCGCCUCCAUUCCAGGGCCCGUUCCGUCCUGAGGGAAGUACGGGUCUGUGGAGUAAGAACUUCCGGGAAUUCAGAAAAGCGCUCGCAGCUUUCACGAAGGAACUCGAGGAUGAGCAGGCCAUCUUCGAGCUGAAGCUGAACCCAGGCGAAUGUGUGAUCUUUGAGAACCGCCGUGUUGUGCAUGCGCGUCGGUCGUUCAACACCGCUACAGGUGAGCGCUGGUUAGCAGGAGCCUAUGUAGAUGAGGACGCUGUCCUGUCCCGGUUCCGUGUCUGCAAGGCCACCCAGCCUGACGCGUGGAAUUACGAUCAGACCCGGGCCGAUGAUGAGAUUGACAACUUGUCAUAAGCAGAUCUUCAGCGAGGCUAUGGACUGGACGCAUUCGAGGAGAAACCGCUGUAAAGGCGGCGAAUGCUUCUCGACCAUCAACAUAACGUUUUGUAUGUAUAAACCUGCACAUAGGAGAGAUAAGAGAAAGAAAAAAAGGAAAUACGCUCUGAACUAUCUAUCUACUUUGGCGUCUCUUUAAAAGGUUCAACAUCUUAGGCUUUUGAUUGAUCGAUGCUACUAGCAUAGCAUGGGAAAAGAGUACAGUGCCAGAUCACCAAACCAUGGUGAUGAUGUAACAUGACAAAAAAAAAAAAAAAA